UCUUUCUUCUUAGUAGUUUAAUUAUUCCUAUCAAUAAUUCAAAGUUGCUUCCUUCCGUAUGGAUUAGAAAGACUUAGGCAUAUAUAAAUAUAUACCAAACAAUCCUAUAAAUUACACACACACAAAACUCUCACCACCAUCCAACUAUCAAAGUCACCACAAAAUACACAUCAAGAUUAGGAAAAUGAGUUCCUUAAAACAACUUUCUGUGCACAGUACCAACUCCAAGGUCAUUACAGAGAAGAGAAGAUCGGUGACAAUCCCUUCGAAUGGGGGCAAUAAGCUAGAGAGCAAGCCAACGAUUCAUGAUGUCGACAAAUGCGCCGAAACUUUCAUCCAAAACUUCCGGCGUCAGCUUCUUCUUCAGUCCGAUAACAUCCUCCGGCCGUAGAGGAGGUCUUUGAUAUAUAUAUAUUACUAUCACAUAAAAUAGAUGUAGCAUGUCAGAGAUAACAUGUCUUAUUUGACUUAUCUUUAUAAGCUUAGGCGAUUGCAGUUGUAUUAUGACAUUUCUUAUAAUCAUAAUUCCACCACAAGUUUUAGAAGGAAA